CCAAAGAAGAAAAUGAUGCGUCAGUUUUGGAGAGCUGGUUUUAGUUUACAUGAGGAAAUAGUGAGAAAUUAGUGUCUAAUCCAGUCAUUGUAUUGUUAUUAAAUAUCAGUUAUAUUUUUUGGCCAUCAACAUCUUUCCGACUGUAUGUACCUAUAUGUAGCAUAUAUUAUGUUUGGUUAGAUGAACUGCUUUACAGCUCUAAUCAACUUUGUUUUGUAGUGAUCAUGAAGGUGUCAAGCUGUUCGUCGUUUACAUUUUGGAGUUUUGUGUUUUUUUGUGGACUUUUUGUUAUUGCCUAUGCAAACAUCAAGAACGAUGAUCAUGAGGAAUGGAUCGACCCAUAUGACAUGCUCAAUUAUGACCCGACCACAAAACGCAUGAGAAACCCCCCAGAGUCUGCCAGUUACAGCAAUGUGCCAACCAAGAGGAGGGAAUUCAGUACAGACCCUAGUGGCGGAAUGCAGAACACAGUCCAGUGUCCUGAUGAUUGCACCGAUAAACUGAGUAUUUUGCAGAAAGAGGUUGAUGAAUACAAAUUGAGGGGGAGCGCCAUCUUUCAGCAGCCAACAUGUGCCAAUGCAGUGUUCAAGCGUUUCCUGUCCAGGCUCCUUAAAGAAACUGCAAAGCUUGGCCUGCCUGAUGAUGCAAAAACAUUCAUGCAUUAUGACGCUGAGGUGAAGCUUUCCAAGCAAACGGUGGCAGAGAUCCAGAAGCUUUUGAAAGAUGAGAACAGCUGGACCACUGGAGCCAUGGAUGAGGCUCUCUGUCAAAUUCUGAUCAACUUCAAACUCCAUGACCACGAAGCCUGGAAGUGGCGAUUUGAAGAUACCUUUUAUGUAGAAAUUGACACUGUCAUGAAGGUUGCUUUGUGUGUUCUGAUCGUGACAGCUGUUAUCUGCACUGAAGUUUGGUCUGUCGUGUCCUGGUUUGUCCAGUUCUGGAGAAUGUUUGCUGUCUGCUUUUUUAUCAGCUUGAUCUGGAACUGGUUCCAUCUUUAUAUGAUUGCCUUUGCUGAGCACCAGAAGAACAUUGUGCAGAUGGAGAGCGCCAAUGCGAAAUGUACUGGGCUGAAACAGAUGGACUGGAAGGACAGUUUGUCAGAGUGGUACAGACGUACAUGGACUCUUCAAGAUGAUCCAUGCUCAAAGUUUUAUGAAGUCCUGGUGGUGAACCCAAUUUUACUUGUACCUCCAACAAAGGCUUUCACAGUAACCAUAACAAGCUUCAUCACAGAUCCCCUGAAGCACAUUGGGCAGGGCAUCAGUGAGUUCCUCAUAGCCUUGCUAAAGGAUCUGCCGGUCACUCUCCAAAUACCUGUGCUUUUCAUUAUUGCAGUAGCCAUCUUUGUGUUUAUGUAUGGAAGUGCUCAAGCAGCUAUGUACCAUGCAGUACCCUGGCCCCGCCUUGGUCACCGUCAGGACCCACCACCCCCUGCGGUAGGGCAACACCAAGCUCCGCAACUAAUGAACAAUGGGGGAGCCUGGGGCGGAGGUGAUGCCCCACUGCCACUACAGAGGCAACACCAAGCUCCGCAACUAAUAGACAAUGGGGGAGCCUGGGGCGGAGGUGACACCCCACAGCCACUACAAAUGCACCAGGAGGCCAACAGGAUCAAUCAAGCAGGAAACAAUGCUAAUGUCCCUCAACCAGCUGACAGAAGCAAUCAAAGCAUGGAUCUCCGACAUCGAUUUGCUAGCAGGUCUGGACAGGACCAGACGGUGCGGGUGGAAACACUGCGAUCGACAGGCAGCAUGUCCAGCCAGGAUGAGACUGAUCUUCAACAAAAGAAACAAGAAGUGGAACCUACCGUAGAGCUAGAGACUAAAGUGGAAGAUGUUAAAAGGGGGGUAAAAGAGAAUAAUCCAUCUCCCAUUGACGAAAAGGAGCAAGAAGAUAAACAGACUCUAGACACAAGUGAGAAUGUGCCCACAAGCAAUGUGUCUUCUCAACAAAUUGAUGUGAAAACAGUUGGAGUGAAUCAAGGGAAUGAUGGACACCAUCUAUCAAAAUCAACAUGACCUCAACAAUCAAUGAAGGUGUGCGAGGCAUUGUCAGACGGAGUCCCGGUCUUCAAAGAGGAAUAUGAUUCAAGAUUUAGGUCUCCAGUUCAAGAAACAGGACAAUAAAACUUUAUUAGAACUGCUUUAUCAACAGUGCUUUCUGUUAUUACUUUCUUUAAACAUUAAACAAUACAUUUUCUAAUUUGACUUAUUUCCUUUGACAUUUCUUCUGAAAUGGAAAUAUAUAUUUUAGUACUCUUUCUUUCUCUAUGUUUGUUUUGGAGGAAGUGUUAAAAUCUGCUAAACUAAUCUAAAAAAAAAAUUGUAUUCUUUGAAUGGCUUCCGGUUGUGGUGCAGUGCUGAGUAGUAAUGUGGUAUAUGUAAGAGCUGUCUGUAUCAGAAAGCCGUGAUGAGGGGAAGCUAGCCCCAGGCUGUCAGAUAUCGGAGGCUGAGUUUUGAAGUACAGAGACAGUGGUGCUCAAUAAAGCUGCAAGUGAGAUGUCCUUCAAGCAAUUAUUAAGCAGAAGGCAGAGUUCCUGGCCAAAUUUGAGUUAGUGCUUACCCUCUUAACGGACACCAAGAACCAAAUCUGUGACUGUUCCGAUAGACUGACUAAAGCAGAAGAUAAUAUUUCAGACAAAGGAUACAAUUUCUAAGCUCCAAACUAUGACCAAAAGCCUUGAAGAAUUGAGACACUGACCUCGAAUGCAGUUGAUCUGGAAAACCAUUGUCAAUGUUCCAAUUUAAGGCUGGUGGAGUUGCUGGAAAAAUGUGAAAUGCUGGCUACCUGAGGCUUUGGGGAUGGAACUGCUUUGCUCUCCACUGACCAUUGAACGAGCCCAUAGAAUUGCGAGUUCUAGACUGAAUGAUAAAGCACCAACGAUUACUGGGACAAAGUCCUGAUAAUGAACACUGUUAGAAAUACAUCUACAUUUGGCCUCUCUGACUUCAAAUUCUUCAGAAAUAUUUUGUAGGUUUGUUUCUUUGAUUUUUGUACAGCAGUGUUGUGUUUUCUGUUGUGAUAUACAAUAUCUCUGUGAUGAUCCGAUUGUACCAAACAAGCUCGCUUGAACGCCCCAUCUCAUGACUGGGGGCAGCGUAACUGCUGCUCUCGUGCACUCUCAAGAUCACGCACAACGAGAGCAACAGUUAGUUUUCAGUUUGUUUCUUAGCAAACCUUAUUGUAUGCCUUCAGAACAUAAUUUAUUAGAAUUCUAAAUUAUUAUUUUGUGUCCUUUUUAAAACUUGAAGAUGUGGUCACCAUAAACUGCCAUUGUAUAACAUCAUUAAGCAGUUCAUUUUUUCUAAAUUUGUUCCUUUGUGUACUGAUAAAAAUGAAAGACAUUGGUUUAGAACAAGAUGAGGGUGAGUAAAUAAUAA